GAUUUGUGUGGUUUUUUAUGGUUUAUGAGAGUGUGCAUGUGGAGACAGUGUUUUUUUGUGUUAAAAUUAUGAGAAUUAGUGAUACCCAGUUGGAUUUUUGAGUAAACUUUAGUUUGCUUUGUGUAGAAGGAAGGGAUUUUUUGUGGUUUACUGGAAAAGGUUAGAAGUAGGUGAAAAGUGUGAUUUUUUAUUUUUUUGUGGAAUUAUGAAUCUUCUUAUAAAGUUUCUUUGUUUAUUUGGUUAAAGGGGGUGGAAGAAUUCGAGAUCAAGUGAUUGGUUUGUGAGCGAUUCACAGAUUAGCUAAGCAAAGUUGUUUUUAUUGUAGAUCCCUUCUUUAUGAUAUCAUAAUUCUAUGAUGUUAUUCUUAGAUCGGUUAAGAUUCUUGGUUUUAUCCCAGAAUUAUGAUAUUUUGAUGGCGAGUGAUGGGAUCUCCUAUGAGGUUUGAUCUAAGCAAUUAUCAUGCUGGAUCGAUUAGGUGCUUCAAGGCGAAAAGUUGGUUAAAGGAAUUGAGACUAACUUCGCUGCUUAGAACUUUCUGGUGUUCUACAUACACUCAUGUUUUCCAUCUUCUUCAUGUCUUGUACGACUACUCUGGCUAUGGACAGUCAUCAGGAAAGCCCAGUGAACAAAAUACAUAUGCAGAUAUUGAAGCUGCUUACAAGUGUCUUGAAGAGAGCUACGGUGCCAAGCAGGAAAAUAUCAUCCUUUAUGGCCAAUCUGUUGGAAGUGGCCCCACUGUGGAUCUUGCUGCGCGUUUACCUCGACUAAAAGCUGUUGUAUUGCAUAGUCCUAUACUAUCAGGGUUAAGAGUGAUGUAUUCUGUGAAGCGCACAUACUGGUUUGACAUCUACAAGAAUAUAGACAAAAUUCCACUGGUGAAGUGUCCUGUGCUGGUAAUCCAUGGAACUGCUGAUGAAGUGGUUGACUGUUCUCAUGGCAAGCAACUUUGGGAGCUGUGCCAAGAGAAAUAUGAACCUCUAUGGCUCAAAGGAGGUAAUCACUGUAAUUUGGAGCUGUAUCCAGAGUAUCUUAGGCAUCUAAAGAAGUUUAUAACAACAGUGGAGAAAUCCCCGUCUGGAAGAAGUUCCGGCAGGAGAAGUGUAGAUGGGUUUGAACAGGCCAGACGAAGCACUGAUUGUUUUGAGGCCCCGAGGAAGAGUACUGAUCGGAGGGAGAAACCGAGGAAGAGCACUGAUAGGACUGAAAAAAUGAAAUUUCACGAAUUCAAGUUUACACACACAGACAAGCUAGAAAAGUUAAAGGUCUCCUUUGAGCACAUGGAGAGAUCACGGAGAAGCGUGGAAUAUUAUGAUAAAUCUAGAAAAAGUGUCGACGUACAGGUAGAGAAGGCACGGAAGAGUGUCGACUGGUUGGAGAGAAUUCGGUAACUAUACAAAAUCAUUUGUAAAAUUGAUGGUUUAAAUAUGCUGUAGGGGAGGGGAUAAGAAAGUAGAAAGGAAAGAAAAGGAUGGGGAAAUUAUUUGGGCAUUUUUUUUUUUUUGGUUUAAUUCAUGGUUUUCAGUGUGUGCCUUGCUUCUUGUUACAGAACUGUGUCAUGGAAUUGUAGAGCUUGUUAUACUAACCUCUAUUUGUUUUCCUUUGGUUGAAUGAAUGGAAAAUGGAGUUCUUUUAGUCUCA